AUGUUUUAGUUAAAUACCAUAGUAAAAAUAAAUCCUACUAUUUCAAACAUAAAGAAGAAAGAAUGGUUUCACAAUUAGGAGGAACCCCCAUGUCCCUCUGUUGGUUUGCUCUGCUGUUUUGUACGGAACCAACAUUAUGUUCAGGAAGUGAAGGGCGGUGGUUGAGAAGAACAGCAACAUCGAGUUCACUGACGAGUUGGGCGAAAUAAACCAGUCACAAUGUCUAGCAAAAGAGCAAAGGGAAAAACCACGAAGAAGCGCCCUCAGCGCGCCACCUCCAAUGUCUUCGCCAUGUUCGACCAGUCUCAGAUCCAGGAGUUCAAGGAGGCUUUCAACAUGAUCGACCAGAACCGCGACGGCUUCGUCGAUAAGGAGGACCUCCACGACAUGCUCGCCUCACUGGGGAAAAAUCCGACAGAAGACUACCUUGAGGCCAUGAUGAACGAGGCUCCGGGACCCAUCAACUUCACCAUGUUCCUCACCAUGUUUGGCGAGAAGCUCAACGGCACCGACCCCGAGGACGUGAUCAGAAAUGCCUUCGCCUGCUUUGAUGAGGAGGGGACAGGGUUCAUCCAGGAGGAUUACCUCAGGGAUCUGCUCACAACGAUGGGGGACCGGUUUACAGACGAGGAGGUGGACGAGCUCUUCAGGGAGGCUCCCAUAGACAAGAAGAGCAACUUCAACUACGUGGAGUUCACACGCAUCCUAAAGCACGGUGCCAAGGAUAAGGACGAUUAAAGAGCCACGCACGAUUGUAAACCCCCCCCCCCCCCCCACCCCCAAACUCUGCUGUCAGCUAAAUCGUUGUGCUGCAUGUCUCAACUCUCCUGUAAAAACCCUGUUUGUUUUUUUUUCUAAACAAACCAAAGCAAUAACUAUCCACUCUGUUUGCUGUGAACUUCCAGUCUUGCCAAACGUCAUGUAAAGUUGUGAGGCGGCAGCACUUUGGAAGCUCCAAGGGACACGACUUUACAAUCCAUGUGAUCGGGUUUAGCUGAACUUUUACAUUUUAUAGUGUAAACUUUUUAAAUAAAGCUGUCUAUCAAGUUGUAUUUUGCUGAACGUUUCCCUUCCAUAAACAACAUUUGAAAGAAGAGCUGCUUUAUUCUGUCUUGUUUGUUUAUUACUGGGGUCUUUAGUGUGAUUUUUGUCUGGCCUGGAACUCAUCUUGACUCAGUGAAUGAUUCAGCCUGUGCUGACUCGCUCAGACUGGAUUGUUUUUAUUGAAGGGGCCAACAGAAAAGAUCCGGAUGGUGUAUUACACUUCACCAGAUAUUCAUAUACGUUAAUGGG